AUGAACAAUCUACAGCAACAGCCAGGUAAUACUAACUCGUGGCAUGCGAUGUAUUCCGUCGGUGAUAGGCAGAAAGUGGUGCAAAUUUUAAGUGGGACGUUGAAAGAGCUUCAGAAUGGAAAUUAUGACGCUCAGAAAGCGGCUAAUAUGGCGCAGGAGUUUGAAAAGUUUACAUUUAUGAAAUCGCAGAGCAGAGAUGAAUAUCUUCGGUUAAUUAAACAGAAGGUGACGCAGCUUCGGGCAGGGAUAAGAAACCCGGCAAAUGGGAAUAACAUGGGGGGAAAUAAUCCGAUGGUGAACCAAAAUAUGGGGCAAAACAUGGGCCAGGGAAUGGGUAUGCAACAGCAGCCAAACAUGAAUUCACAGAACAACAUGAGGCCCCAAAACAUGAAUUUCUUACAGCAACAAGCACAAGCCAGGCAACAAUCGGCUGCUCAAAUUCAAGCGCAAUUGAGAACUGGUAAUAUUCCAAACCAAACUCCAUCACAAACACAACCUGUUCAUCAUAUGCAACAACAGCAACAACAACAACCUCCGCAGCCUCCACAAUCACAACAACCGCAACAACCGCAGCCGCAACAGAACUUACAACCUAACCAACAACAACUUCAUCAAAUUAGUAACAUGAUAAGAAAUGCGCCAAUUCCUCAAGCAUUAUUAUCAAAGAUCCCAAAUUUACCUCCCAACGUGAAUACAUGGACGCAGAUAUUCGAUUGUUUCCAGAAGAAGAUUAUUCCGCAAGCUGCAAUGCCUGUUAUAAAGGAAAUACACAAUACGCAUCUUCAGUUAACAUUGCGCCAGCAUCAACAACAAAAGAUCAAUCAAAUGCAAAGUCAAAGAAUGAAUCAACAACUGCAACAACAACAGCCUCAAUUGCCGCAACAACAACAGCAGCAGCAACAACAGCCUCAGGCGAUGAAUAAUAUGGCAGGUACUGUUAAUAAUUCUAAUAGUAAUACCCCAGUAAUGAAUUCUGGUAACUUUAAUAUGAAUAAUUUGAACCCGCAACAAAAGCAGCAAUUAUUGAGGAGACAAAUGCAACAGAGAAAUGCAAUGGCAGGUCAAAAUCCAUUAAUGCAGCAGCAAGGCCAAGUGCCACCCCAACCACCCCAACCACAACAACCACCUCAACCACAACAGCAGAAACCUCAAAUGGUACAAUCUCCGCCUCAAAAUCCUCAGCAGGGUAAACCGCCUAAUUUUACUAUUACACCUGAUGACAUUUUGAAGUAUAGUUCUGAUGCUAUGAGGUUAUUAACUAGAUUGCAAUCAAAUGGAUCUAUCCAACCAAAUCUUGAUCAAUCACAGAAAGAGAGCUUUAUACGUAAAUAUAUUCAUCAUCAGAAGACUACAAUGUGGAAGCAAGGUCAAGUGACUAAUAAUAUGACGAAUGUGCCAAAUACAACCAAUGCUGGCAAUACAGUUAAUCAAGCCCAAGUUCAACGAAGACUUCAACAGCAGGCUGGAGUUAAUAGUAUGCCUAUGCAAUCUCAGCCGCAACCUCAACCUCUGGCUCCUCUUUCCCAACAGCUGCCCAUGAUAAACAAUAUGCAAAUGGGUAAUCAACAACCUAUGCCUCACUCGCAAAUGAAUAAUCAAAGUUCACCAAUGAUGCAGCAAAGAGCUGUGAAUACUCCCACGAUGCCGAUGAACAACAAUGAUCCUGGUGCUGCUUCAAAGAAGCUGGCGGCGAUGGGAUCAUUAUCUGCUCUAUUACCUCCAUUAACUGAUGAAAUGAAGUUGCAGUUAAGGCAAUUAAUCGAGGAAGUCUCAAGGAACAAUGUAGCGUUGAAGGAUGUUACUAUGUUAUUAUCCCAGCAGGACAAGAACGCAGUGCGUGAUACAGUUGUUAGAAUUUCUCAACAGUAUGCAAACGUGGAUAGUAUUAUAAGUUAUUUUUACAUUAUUACGAGAAAUGUGGAAGGUACUAAAAGAUUGAUUCAAAUGAAGUACAUGACUAAGAAUAUUAUUGAAAAUGUGCAACGAGGCAUCUAUUUAGCGGCGCCAGACUUAUUGGAAAAGUUGAGGUCUCAAUACCAGAAAUAUUUCGAAUACGUUAAAGAACAAUUUGCCAUUAGAAGACAGCGUAUGCAAAGCCAACAACCCCAAGGUCAACCUCCACAACAGCAACAACAACAGUUUCUUAAUAACCAACAAAGAAAUGGUCCAAUACAAAAUCAAAUACCUCAGCAACAGGUUCAAGGCAUGCCCCAACAACAAAAUGGCCAGCCAUUAAUGAAUAUUGGUCCAGUUAAUUCAUGGCCAAAUGUUGCACCACCGAUGCAACAGAGAAACAACAUUGGUAGCAGCCCAAUGAUUCCGAACUCUGUAUCUCCAAUCAUACCAAAGCAAAUGCAUCCAUUCCAAUCUCCUGCUCCUAAUAUAAACACUGCUCCUCCGAAACAAGGGGGGAGGGCCCAAAAUAAGAAAUCAGUUUCGGGUACUACGCCAGGAGCUACUGGAACCGGUAGAAAGAAGUCUAUCAAUAAAAGUAUUUCAUCUGUUGGGGGAAUUCCAACUCCAGCUAAUAAUGCUACCACACCAGCAGCUCUUGCGAAUUCGAUUAAAACUCCAAAUAGUAUUCCAACUCCACAAGUUCCUCCAACACAAAGUAAUAAGAAUACUCCUGCCGAACAACAAUCACCAAGCUCUCAAAUGAAGAAAGCCCCUUCAAAUGCAGGUUUGAAAAUUACGGAAGACACUAUGGGAACGAUAUUCAAUAAUAGUGAAGUGGACCCAAAACUUGCAAAGAGGAGAGAAUUAUCCGAUACAGACCCCGUGAAAUUCUUUUACGCUUCGUUGUCUAAUUUGCUCGACUUCGAUGAUUCGGUAGGCGACCACCAGGGACUUCCAACCCCAGCUCAAUCGUCUUCAUCGACAGGAAGUAAGAUCGGAAUCGCCAAGUCACCUUUAUCUCCAGUUAUCACUUCUAAUGAAUGGACGUGUGAAAUCAAACCUAUGGCAAUAACAUCUUCAUUUAAACAAGUCGACACUAUAAGGGAAUUGACAGCAUCAGAUAUUGUCCAGACAUGUGCUGAUUUAGCGUUAACUGAAGUUGGAGAGUUUUCGAAGAAGGGUAUUAAACGUGAAAAUGAUAAAAUGGAUGAUAGUGAUGAUAUUGACAAUUUAUUCUCCGAUAAGAAGUCUAAGCUUGAAGAUGAUGACUACAAAUUUAUGUACGAGCCAGUCGAGUUUGAUGAAUGGCAAAAAUUCAUGGUUGCCAGCAUGCAAUAA